UGCCUGCCUGCCUUCCCACGUGAGCCUGAGCCCCCUCCCUUCCCCUCGCCCUCUCGUGCGUGGGCUGGAGGCUCCGUGGGUCGCGGAAGGGCUGCUUCCUCCCCAGAGGGCGCGCUGCGAGAAGAAGAGGAGGAGGAGGAGGAGGAGGAGGAGGAGAGGACGCAGCAGCAGCAGGAGCAGCCGAGCAAAGCAGAGGCGCCGCUGCGGCUCAAGGCCUAAUGAAGUGUACCAUCAUCAUGAUUUCCUUAGAAGAAAACAUAUAAUGGCUUGAAGAAGCAUUUUAAAAAGUAAUAAUGUAUCCGGUUCCUGGUACCGUGAACGGAGUAGAAGGAGACAAUGGACACCCUAGGAAACUUAUCUCUUUCCUUUUUGUUUUUGGCAUUACAUUGUUAUGUGCUGGAUUUCUGCUUUCAAUGUUUGUCUUGCAGACAUGCCCAAGUGGGGGCUUUGGCGACUGUAAAGGAGCCCUUAAAAUCAUUGGGCCCUUACUUGCCGUGGUUGGACUAGUUUGCAUCAUUCUGGCACAGUCAAGAGCCAAAGGCUACCUUCAAGAAGUACAGCUGCACAAUGACCAGGUCUACGGUUUUGUUUUUUGCCGAGGAAACUGUCAGUUUGCUCAGUUUCUGGUCUUCGGCUUUUUAUUUUUAACUAGUGGGAUGCUUAUUAGUGUCCUUGGCAUUUGGAUUCCUGGGUGCAGCCCAGGAUGGCGUUACCAGCAACAGUUUAACCAUAGCAAUACAUCCAGCGUUGAACUUCAAGACUGUGGAUUUCAUUCUGUCCAAACGAUGGGCCCUCUGAUUGUGCUUAUUGGAUUGUGUUUCUUUGUGAUAGCCCACAUUAAAAAGAAACAAAAUGUAAAUCUCGUUCAAGAAUCUUCUGCCCAUGAAGAGGAGCAACUCAAUCCUGAUUCAUUUCAUGUUACAGUAGGUGACACUGUCAUGGUGUUUCCACCACCACCGCCACCUUACUUUGCUGACUAUCCACUACAAACUGUAACUCCGGUUUUGGAGACAAAUGAUUUGAUUUUAAGUGAAAAUCCUCCACCAUACAACAGUGCUUGUAGUAAUUGAGCACAGACUUGUAACGUAUGUGACCUGGCUGGUUACAGGGCAAAUGAGCUGUUGUGUGCCAAGUCGGGAAUUGAUUCAUCCUUUGAGACUUUCUGCUCUCUAUCUUUCCUCUGAGUCAUCUCCACGAUAGAAGGCAAAUGAAGCUGCUGUAAAUAAUGAAUGUGUCUUGUCUUCUCCCUGCAAUACUGAGAUUACCCAUUGCUGUAUGCUUAUCACAAGCUCCAAGAAAAACCCAGAGCUGGAAUGGAAAUGAAGGUUGUUGUGUCAAAUAAGUGAAGGAAAAAAACUACAGGAAUUCAGGCUCAGAAUAAACUGAUGUGGAAGAGGCUUUGAGACUUCCUUAGCAGCCAGUAAAGAGAGCAACAAGCUCAGUCUGUGAGGUAGCAGAGGACGUUGCAGAGGAGACCCAGCCAAGCCAAGACUUCUGCCAGUUGCAAACCAAAGGCAAACUACUCUGGAAAAUGUAUUGUUGAAGGCUUUCAUGGCUGGAAUCACUGGUUUGUUGUGAGUUUUCCAGGUUGUAAGGCCAUGUUCCAGAAGCAUUCUCUCCUGAUGUUUUGCCUGCAUCUACGUCACAACCUUUGAGGAUGCCUGCCAUAGAUACAGGCAAAACAUCAGGAGAGAAUGCUUCUGGAACAUGGCCACACAGCCUGGAAAACUCACAACAAACCAUACCCUGGGAAACCUCCAGAGAGGCAUUUGUGAUAGGCAAGACCAAAACAUCUUAACAGAAAAAAAAAACUUUCAAUAGGACCAGGAAACUCAAAAGUUACAGUAUUUACUUAUGUAUAAGUCAACCUUGUAUACAAGUCAAGGGCAGGUUUAGGGGCCAAAAUUAUGGAUUUUGAUAUGAACUGUGGAUGUCGAGGGUCAUUCCAUGGAGAGGGGAAAGCACCAGUCCUUUGAGCAUUGUGGUGGACACUCCUUCUUUGGAGGCUUUUAAGCAGAGGCUGGAUGGCCAUCUGUCAGGGGUGCUUUGAAAGCAAUUUUCCUGCUUCUUGGCAGGAGGUUGGACUGGAUGGCCCAUGAGGUCUCUCCAACUCUAUGGUUGGGUUUUUGUAGGUUUUUUCGGGCUAUAUGGCCAUGUUCUAGAGGCAUUCUAGGACAAAAUUCAGAGCUGCUGUCAUCACCAUGUGCCUAUCUAGGCAUUCAAAUAGGCCAGAAGCAGUGCCAUGGCAGAGAGAAUAAAGGGAGUUAGUUGGAACUUCUUUUAGGUUCUCCCAAAACAGACUAAGCUCUCACCUUUCACCACUCUUCUCAGAGGAGGGGAUGGUUCCUUUUUUGAUAAAUGUUAAGAUUUUGUGCUUAGAUUGAGCCAUGGAUAAAUUGACACAAUGUUUUUUUGACUAAAGUUUAUAGACUUAUACUUGAGCCUAUGCCAGUAGCUGCUCUCUGGACCAAAAGCUAGGGGUACACACCAAUCACUGGGAGAAGACAUUCGUGUAGCUUUGUAUACCUCUUCAUUUCUUUCUCUUGGCUGUUGACAAGUUCAGAAUUAAAGAUACUAAAGCUUUGAGGUUUAUUUUGUGUUUGGGGAGAACGUAAUGACUCAAAGGUGUGCAUUUAUAAAUGUCUGAUAGAAAUUGAUUAAACAUUGUGCUAGAAGAAAAGCUGUAGCAUAUGUGGUGUCUUUGGUGUUUAAUUAAUGUGGCAUAUAGCAAGUCUCAGCUUGCAGAAAUAAGGACCAUGCUGUAAGUUACAGAGGACAUAUACUUGCCAACCACAUAUUCAUAUCUGUACUCAAAUGCUCAUGUGCAUCCAUCUCCCUGAUAAAGUUUGGCAAGACAAGUACAAUGUGACAUUAUUAUCUUUAGUUUUUUCUCCUCUUCAGUUCAUUAGCUGGUGCUUGCAAAGAGUCGGAGUCACUGAAUAAAGUAUAACUUUUUUUUCCAGUUCCUACUUGAGAAAUCCAUCCUAAUAGAGGGUUGGGCAGCAUCCAUGCUUUUCUUGCAAUUUUUAGUCUGUGACAGUAAUUCUGCCACUGGCAGUAAGAUAAUGUUGCACAUGCUGCAGAUUUGUAAAUUAGAGAUUGUAAGCAGAGAGGUGGAGAUUUUUAUGUUAUAUUAUUGCUGUCUGUAACAAAUUCAAUGUUGGAAAACACUGUGUGUCUCCUAAAUGCCUCAGUUCCUUUCCAAAGACAUCUCGCUGAUUGCUUCCAAAAGCAAGGGAAGAAGACAAGCUUUAUUAUACAUAAAUUCUUGAAAAUUUUGCGUUUUCAGUGAAGCUAUUCUAUAAGGAAACUCCAAAGGAUGGUACUUUAUUCACACCACUGGCCUAUCUUUCUGGGUUGUUAUUGAUACACAUAUCAAUAUUUCCUUUACUUAUAAGGUAUACUGGCAGGACUGAAGACCGACAGGUCAGCGGUUCGAAUCCGGGGAGAGUGGGUUGAGCUCCCUUUGUCAGCUCCAGCUCCCCAUGCAGGGAUAUGAGAGAAGCCUCCCACAGGAUAAUAAAACAUCAAAAUAUAUGGGUGUCCCCUGGGCAAACUCCUUGCAGAUGGCCAAUUCUUUCACACCAGAAGUGACUUGCUGUUUCUCAAGUUGCUCCUGACAUGAAAAAAUCCCUAUGUAAGGAAACUUAGGUGUUUCCAAAGACUGUUUAACUCUGAUUAGGCUUGCUCUCUUUUUCCCACUCUCUUCUUGAAUCCCCAGAUAUGUUUUUCCCUCUAAAACAUCUACUGUGAUUUUUCAGAAAAUGACCUGUGAUAUGGACAUGAAAGUAUAAAAACUUGUGCACUGUUACAUAUAUCUCAUAUAAUUUACCCAGCAAAUAUGAGGAUUUUUUUCUUUUUGAAGGCAACAGCAUAUUUAUUUCACUUGCAAAUAAAUCUGUUCUUCUAACUUGAGCUCUGAAAUAAAGUAUUUUGUUAUCACCAUU